GUCAAUCAAACGACUAGCUUGACUUCGACGACGAGCAUAAAAACGUCGGCACGUCUCGUUUUUAACAAAAGUGUGAAUAGCAAAACCAGUUUUUUGCAUUUUUGAGUGUAGAGGACGGAAAAGGAAUCGUGAGUGACGAAAAAAAACGUGUUGCGAAGUACUUCCGGGAUUCCUCCUGUUUGUUGACUUUUUUUUCCCCACUCCAUCUCUCCUGGCAACGCCACUUCAAUGGCGACGGCUUACCGAAAAACAGCGCCGUCAACGAGCCAAAAGAAGAAGACCAGCUCGAAAAUCGAGCUGAGCGAGGAGCAGAAGCAGGAGAUCAAGGAAGCUUUCGACCUCUUUGACUCUGAUGGCACUGGCAAGAUAGACGUCAAAGAGCUCAAGGUUGCAAUGAGAGCGCUCGGGUUCGAACCCAAGAAGGAGGAAAUCAAGAAGAUGAUCGCCGACAUCGACAAGGAAGGCUCCGGAACCAUCGACUACAGCGACUUUCUCAGCAUGAUGACCAUGAAAAUGAGCGAGAAGGACUCCCGAGAGGAGAUCAUGAAGGCGUUCCGACUGUUCGACGACGACUGCACGGGGAAGAUCUCCUUCAAGAAUCUGAAGAGGGUCGCCAAGGAGCUGGGCGAGAACCUCACGGACGAAGAACUGCAGGAGAUGAUUGACGAGGCCGACCGGGACGGCGACGGCGAAGUCAACGAACAGGAGUUCUUGCGCAUCAUGAAGAAAACUAACCUUUACUGAUGAAAUAUUAUUCAAAAAAAAAAAAAAAAAAGCUUGUUUUUUUUCCCCAACUUUGUGUGUAAAUAGACUUCUGUAGAACAUUUUUUUCCCACUCGACAUUAAAAUGACGCUUUUUGAACAUA